CGUUUGAGCUGCCGCCUGUCCUCAGUUAUUCACGUCCCCAAACACGCCCUUCCUCUCCUCUAUAAAUAACCCUCUCAAAAUCUUCCCCAAUUUUACACACACAUAAACACACUCACACGUACCACGGCCAUGGCAGCAAAAACACAAGCAAUCUUAAUUCUCCUCCUCAUCUCCGCCGUCCUCAUCGCCUCCCCGGCCGCAGGCCUAGGCGGCUCCGGCGCCGUCGGCGGCCGCACCGAAAUCCCCGACGUCGAAUCCAACGAGGAGAUCCAACAAUUAGGCGAAUAUUCCGUCGAACAGUACAAUCAACAGCAUCACAACGGCGACGGCGGCGACAGCACCGACAGCGCCGGCGAUCUCAAGUUCGUGAAGGUCGUCGCGGCGGAGAAGCAGGUAGUGGCCGGAAUUAAGUAUUACUUGAAGAUCGUCGCGGCGAAAGGCGGACACAAGAAGAAGUUCGAUGCGGAGAUCGUUGUGCAGGCGUGGAAGAAGACGAAGCAGUUGAUGAGCUUCGCUCCGUCGCACAAUUGAGUAAUUCGUUUUGCAGGCGUAAUUUCGGUUAUAUGUAUGUUAUGAAGUUUGCUGUGAUUGUUUUAGUUUGUUGUUUCGAGUCUAUAUGUGUAACUGCGUGUUUUUAAGUAUGAAUAAAUGUUUCGAUGAUGUUGAUGA